AUGCUUCGCUUGACCCGGGAGAGUGAAGGCAAGAAACAAAAUUUGGCCGGUAACACUGCCAGUAGGGUUGGAUGGGAUGUGCUGUCUGGUAUUCGUUUCGAAACGUGGAUUAUCGAAAUUGGGGAGCGUUCGGAUCUCGUACUACGCAGUCUUGGAAAGUUUGAGAUUGUGCGAAGCCUCAAGUGA